ACAUACACACCGCACACACACAUCAAUCUCAGAGCAACAUCAGCCAGUAGCUGCAACAAUCAGACACCAUGAUCAAGUCAAGUCCGCUGGACCCAGAGAAGGGAGCGAUUGUCGUUAUCCGUGAAGCAAACUCGAGGAGGAGGCACCUCUGGCCGGCUCUCUGCGCCCUGGCCGUUCUUGGCUUGUUGGCCGUCACUUCAUACCUGGUUCUCGUGCAAAUAAGACAGAAUGGCAGCGAUUCACAGUUGCAGUUGGAGGAUGCGACCUCAGUGGACAACGCGUUGCCUCAUCUCAUGAAACAGAUUGGAGACGACCCCAGAGGAAGGAUUGCAGCUCAUCUCGUCGCAUCAACAAACAAACCAGAAAAGGAGUUGAUCUGGGAGAAAACGGUCCUGCCAAGUAACGUGGUGGGAAUGGAUUUUGUGAACAAUGGCCUUGUCAUCAAGACCCGUGGCUUCUACUUUGUCUACACCCAGGUGGUCUUUUACGGCAGGGAUUGCCCGGAUCAUGCCAUCUACCUGAGUCACAACAUCACCUCCAGGGCGGAGGGCAGCCAAGAUACCAACCUGCUCCUGAAGGCCAUGAAGUCUGCCUGCCACUUCCGCCAGCACCCGCAGCUGUGGUACAAGACCUCCUACCAGGGGGGUGUGUUCGAGUUUGACGUGGGAGACCAGAUCUACUCCAUGGUCAAUGAGUGGAUGCUGGACUAUGUGGACAAAUCCUCGGGGAAAACCUUCUUUGGUAUGUUUGCCUUGUGAGAAGCCAGGUGGAUGGGCAAGGAUGAGGGAUUUUAUUCACUGCGAGAUGCAUGACUGGACUUUGAUGGGGCAUGUUGUCCUAAAUUACAUUAAUUGCACUUUCAGGUUUGUUACUGUGUUUGAAGUACUCAUGUAUGUUUACAGUUUGGCGGGUGGCACUGACAGCAAUUCUUCUAUACAUCUCCUUCAUCUCUUUCAC